CUUCAGGUUACGAAUCCUAUAUGAAUUGUUUUUUUCUCAUUACCUUUAUUCUUAUAGGAAAAUAAACCACAAAUCCUAUCGAUAUUGAAAAAUCAUUUUGCCUUCAGUUUUUAGGUUUCCAUAUUUCAACUCUAAAUAGUUUGAAAAUCGUGUUUUGUGCAAGUUCAAAGUGGGAUUUCGAUUUAACAUAAUUUGGCAUACCUAAACGGGAUUCAGAAAUGGAAAGCAGCCAUAAGUUCUAUCCUUGGAUAAGCUCAAUUCAGAAAGUGGCACUUUUUGAAACAAAAUCGAAACUUUACCUUAUUGGAAGUAACAGUAGGGAAACACGAUUUCGCCUUCUGGAAAUUGACCGAAAAUCACCGGAACUGUUGAUCCAUGAAGAUCCGAAUGAGCUGGUCAAAAGCGAUAUCCGCAAGUUCGUCCAGUCCCGUUCUUUCGUGCGCUCAAUUAGCGCUUACGGUGUCCUGGGUUUUGUCAAAUUUCUUGAGGGUUACUACUUGAUCCUGGUGACCAAACGAACACGAUGUGCCUUCAUCGGGAAGCACAUCAUCUACACCAUAAAAGAUACCGCGAUGAUUCGAGUCAAUGAAGCUCCGGUCGGUAAACAGGUUCACCCCCUGGAGCAGCGUUACGUCAAAAUGUUUAACAAUGUUGAUUUGAAGAGUAACUUCUACUUCAGCUACAGUUAUGAUCUUACUCGGAGCUUACAGUAUAACGAAUCAGUGCCGAGGUUUGUUGGAACUAGCAGUGAUAUCGAAAAAGAUGAACCAUUGGUGUGGAAAAGUAGCGCUGACGGUGAGAAAGCUACGUAUGCAUUCCGAGGCGUGUCAAGGGAUCGGUUUGUUUGGAAUAGUUAUCUUCUGAAACCGAUGGAUACAAUUUUGCAGAAAGACUGGAAGCUGGAAGUCAUUCACGGUUUUGUGAGCCAAUCGAGUAUAAGCAUUUUUGGUAGGCCUAUUUAUGUGUGCUUGAUUGCGAGACGAAGUACCAGAUAUGCCGGAACAAGAUUUCUCAAGCGCGGUGCAAACUAUUUCGGAGACGUCGCCAACGAGGUGGAAACUGAGCAGAUCGUUAUAGAUGGUAAUCGGUUGUGUAGCUUUACGCAACUGCGUGGUUCCGUACCAUCUCAUUGGUCACAAGAUGUAAGCAAAAUGGUUCCAAAGCCUCAAAUAGCGCUAGAUCUGUCCGAUCCUUAUGGGGAAACCUCUGGCAAACACUAUGAACGAUUGAUGUUCCACUAUGGCGCACCGAUAAUUAUUUUAAAUUUGGUUAAAAAGCGAGAAAAACGAAGACAUGAAAGUGUGUUGAGCGACGAAAUGCUAUCGGGAGUGGAAUACUUGAACCAAUUCCUCCCGCCUCAACAUUACAUCAAAUAUAUUGAUUUUGAUAUGGCUCGCAAAAGUCGUGGCAAAGGUAGUGUAAUGGAAAGCUUAGCGAAGUACGCAGAAAGCGUCAUUCAACAGACGGGUAUGUUCUUUUUGGAUGAAGACACUCGAACUGAGCAAACCGGUAUCGCUAGGACAAACUGUGUAGAUUGUUUAGAUAGAACCAACACUGCCCAGUUUGCUAUUGGAAAAUGUGUACUUGCUUAUCAACUGUACGAACUAGGUUUCUUGAAGGAGAGAAAACUUGAAUUUGAAUCGGACUGUGUUACCAUGCUGGAGAACUUGUAUGAAGAUCAUGGAGAUACUUUAGCUUUGCAGUACGGUGGUUCCCAGUUGGUGCAUAGAAUUAAAACUUAUAGGAAAACGGCAGCCUGGGCAUCCCAGGGAAAUGAUAUAAUUCAAACGUUGAGUCGAUACUGUAGCAAUACAUUCAGCGAUACUGAAAAACAGCACAGUAUAAAUUUGUUUUUAGGGUAUUACAUUCCAUCGCAAUCUGAAGUUAACAAAUCGACGCACAUUUGGGAUCUUGAAACGGAUUUCUAUAUCCACAAUUCCCGUAUAGAUCUUGUCAGAGAAAUAUCUCCGGAACCACUAACGGCCUGGGUGAAGCCUUUCGUCAUGAAACAUUUGCCAUACUCUACUAGUGAUAAAAAUCGAGUUGUCAAAGAGCUUAUAAAGUUGCACAGCCAAGAAGUUGAAAUCAUCGAUUACUAUUCCAACUUUUACUAUGAUUUUAAGUUGACCUUUUUUGAGGAACACAUCGCUUACCAAAUAAGCCACUUGGCUAGGAACUUCGUACCCACAUUCCGUACCAAUUUCAGUCCUUUUGAACCGGUACGCCGCGGGGAUAUGGGUGUUAUGAAGAACCCUUCGCUGACUGGACAUUCAUCAACUGGCUCCAAUAACAGUUCCUCUUCGAGCAUGGAGGAUGAUUCGGACUCGGAAGACGAUGACCGUAGCGUGCGAAACACGGCACCAAGCAGCAGUGCUAACAGUAGUAGGGCUGAAGAUCCCAUCACUAUAAGUAGUAUGUUUCCGACCACUGGGGAUAUGUACGGUUUCGAAAUCAAACCACCGAAGAAGGCGGACAUGAUCAAGUACCAAAAGUAUGUUCAAAUGAACCGCAUUUGUAAUCCGAACAAAUAUGUAGGUGUAAAGCAAGACCAGAUUCCUCAGAAUCAAUCGUACCACUUGCAAAAUCAACCGUCUCCUUCCGAUAGCAUCGUGAUUCAGAACGACGAAAUCUACGUUCGAAAGGAUGCGAAUUUAACGAUAUCUGAGGACAUUCCCAUCCCGACAGUCAGUGCUGAAAGUAUUGACAUCUACCGGAAGUACUGUGAGCUGCGAGAAGCCGCUCUGGAACCAAGAGAAGUGGAUCCUGUCAUCCAGAAAUACAUGCAAAUAUUAACCCUUCAUUAAUAAAAAAAAAAAUAA